AAAAAAGUGCGCGGCGAAGGAGGAGCUGAGACUGGGAACGCAUUCUCUCUCUCUCUUUCUCUCUCUCUCACUCACUCACUCUCUCUCUCUCAUAAACAACACAUCCCCGCCAGCAUCCGCUUGCAAAGAAGAAAAAUCAGGGAGUGAUCCAAAGAACUUUUAAAAAAAGGACUAUAUCGAGAUAAAAGGCGAUGGCGGUGGCAGUCCAUAGGGAUCUGACGGUGCAGGUGCUGCAGGACGGGAACGCUGCCAAGCUAACUGACAGACAGCAGGCGGUGCACGCGGCUGUCAAGAGAGGAGAUCCCAAAUGUCUGGGGGUGAGCCAGGUGAUGCUGGGGCUGAUGGUCAUGUCCUACUCCAUUCCUCUUCACUUCACUGAAGUCACUGAGGUUGUCCGCUUGGGAGUGCCAUGGUGGAGCGGCCUGACGUUCAUUGCAACAGGAGUGGUCGCUAUCGUCUUGGACAAACACAGCACCAUGAAGAUUCUGCAGGAGCUGAGCCGGGGGAUCAAGUCGGCCCUCCUCGUCUUCACCCUGGCCCAGACAGCCAUCUCGGCCGUGCUCGGCUUCCUUCUCUUAAGGCACAGACGCGGCUUCGCGCAGUACGCUUCUCUCACUCAGGCGGCGUCGUCCAGCCCCACAUCACUCAUCCCCCCCAACCUGAACUGACCAAUCAGGGGACCUGUAGGACCUCAUCCCAACCUCUUCCACAGAGCCAACUCAUCCCAUGUUUUAUGUGCAGUGACUUUGACUAUAUGCUUGUAACUAUGACUUAUUCAAUUCAUUUAUUUUAUUUAGUUCCAAAUCAUAACGGACGCAAUCUCAGGACCCUUUCUAGAGACUCUAGGUCUAGACCCAACAUUCCCCCAGGAGCACAGUGCCACCUGACGUGUGACGCGUGGCCUUUCUAAGGAUAAAUGUGUGUUAUACACAAAAUAACUGAUUGCUUAUAUAUUCUGCUUAUGUAUUUUGUAUUCUCCUGAUUUCCUUUUAUACCAUUAUUUUUUUUUCAUUUUAAAGCUCUUAUCAACAUGUAGAAGUGGAUCGGCUUGCUUUGUGGAAAUGUUUUUUACCUUAAAAACAACAUUGGCAUAUAGCCUACUGUACAGGGCUGGGCGACAUGGCCUAAAAACUAAAUCCCAGAUUUUUUCUAAAAUAAAUCUGAUUUAAGAUUUAAAUUGAUAACUUCAAAUCAAUCUUCAGAUGACAACAAAAUUGUUCAAAACAAGUUUUAACUGUAUUUUGAUUUUGCGUCAUACACACACACUCACUCAAAACGUAACGCUACCACUGUUUGGCCGGCUUGCAAGCAUAGGAAGUUACAGAAAGAAUGUGGCUCGUGGCUGUAAUUCUGCAUCGAGGCUGAAUUCUUGGAAAGAGACUUCAGAAACAGUAUUAGGGGACCACUAAGGUCUAUAUAAAGAGACUUCAGAUACAGUAUUAGGGGACCACUAAGGUCUAUAUAAAGAGACUUCAGAUACAGUAUUAGGGACCACUAAGGUCUAUAUAAAGAGACUUCAGAUACAGUAUUAGGGACCACUAAGGUCUAUAUAAAAGAGACUUCAGAUACAGUA